UCUUCAGAGGCCAUCCCCAUCACCCCCGCCCGCUUCGCCGCAGCCCUCACCUCCCUCCCCCUAGUCAGCCUCCGCCUCAAGUGUCUCGAGCUGCGCAACUCUAUCCUCCACCUGGCCCACAGCAACGAGGACCUUCAGCCCUACGCCGACGGCCGCCGCACCGCCAUCGGCAGCCAGGCGCCCGGCGUCCCGGACCAGGACUGCAUCGACGCCAUCCGCGAAAACAACCUCGUCAUCGAGAGGAUGAUGGCCCGCAUCGAGCUGCUUAAGGCCGAGGUCGAGCGCAGAGGCGUCAGCUGGUCAGGCUUCGAGCUCAAUGGUGCGGACGGCGCAGGCAAUGAGGACCUGAGGGCCCUCCUCAGAACGCGCGACAGGGAGAGCGGGCUGUCUGGAGGAGGGUACGACGACGACGACGACGAGGACGAGGUGGUGGUGGGCGGCGCACUGGUUGUGAAUGGCAAUGAGGCUGUGACGGAGGAGAGGAACCCCUGGACGGACGGGACCUUCCAGACGGGCUCGAUCCGGAAUGGCCAGCUGCACAUGGACGAGGUG